AUGGCCCAAGCCGCUGAAGCCACGGAAAGUCAUGGAGGCGACAGACUAGGCAAUGGCAAGAAACACAUCUUGCUCAAUGCCUUUGACAUGUCGACGGUCGGACACUUGUCGCCUGGUCAAUGGAAGAAUCCAGCGGACAAGUCUGCGACCAAGCGGGACUUGCAGUAUUGGAUCGACCUUGCCAAGCUUCUUGAGCGCGGAGGCAUCAAUGCCCUCUUCUUGGCCGAUACAUACGGAGGCUACGACACAUACGAGGGAAGCCUGGACAACUGCAUUCGCCGGGCUGCACAGUGGCCGGUGACUGACCCUACCAUUCCCAUCUCAGCCAUGGCUGCCGUGACGAAGAAUCUAGCGUUUGGCAUCACCGCAUCAACGUCCUUUGAGCCUCCGUUUCUCCUCGCCAAGCGCUUCUCCACGCUCGACCACUUCACCAGAGGUCGUAUCGGCUGGAACAUUGUCACGUCGUGGAAAAAGGCGGCGUUCAAGGCCAUCGGGCUCGAGAACCCCAUCGACCACGACGAGCGCUACCUUCAGGCCGACGAGUACCUGCGGGUUUUGUACAAACUAUGGGAGGGAUCAUGGGCCGACGACGCCAUCGCGCCGGACCCCGACAACGACAGCUACGCCGACCCGGACAAGAUCCGGACCAUCCACCACAAGGGCAAGUAUUUCGAGCUCAGCACCCGGCACAUCGUCGACCCCUCCCCGCAGCGCACCCCGUUCCUCUUCCAGGCGGGGACGUCGAGCGCCGGCACGACCUUUGCCGCGACGCACGCCGAGGCCGUCUUCGUGUCGUCGCACUCGCCCGUCGUGCUGCGGCCCAAAGUCGACGCUCUCCGGGCCGCGGCCGCCGCGCUCGGCCGCGACCCGCGCUCCGUCAAGGUGUUCGCCACCUUUACGCCCAUCAUCGGCCGGACCGACGCGGAAGCGCAGGCCAAGUACGACGAGGCCAAGAAGCACGCCUCGACAAUCGGCGGGCUCGUCCUGUUCAGCGGCUGGACGGGCAUCGACAUCUCCACGCUCCCGCUCGACCAGGAGAUCACGGCGGCCGACUCGCGGGAGGCGCACAAGGUGCGCAGCAUCCUGGACGCGUUCACGACGACGAGCAGCGAGAUCCCGAGGUGGACGCCGCGCGUGGUCGCGGAGCGCGCGUCGAUUGGCGGCCUCGGGCCCGUGGCGGUCGGCACUGCGGCGGCGGUGGCGGACGAGCUCGAGGCGUGGAUCCGCGAGGCAGACCUGGACGGGUUUAAUAUCGGACAUGUUACUACGCCGGGCACGUUUGAGGAGGUCGUGGACCUGCUCGUGCCGGAACUGAGGAGGCGUGGCCUCUAUCCGGAGCCGCAGGAGGAGGUGCUGACGGCGCGGGAGAAGAUUUACGGCGCGGGCCAGAAGGGCUUGAGGGAUGAUCACAUUGGAAGCAGGUACAAGUAUGAGGUGUACAAGGAGGAUCCUCCGUAUGAGAAAGCAGACACAGACAACUGA